UGCUAAUCCCCAUCCUGACCCUCUCUCAUGACCAGCUGCAGAAAGGAAAGAAAAUUCUUUCACUUCAAAAUGACAUCUGGAAAAGCGAAGACAAGCCUCAAGAAUGUCUACCCAUCUGCCAAGAAGCUGUCCCUGAAGGCGGAGGAGGAGAGGGAGACAGAGGACUACUGCACCCCUGGAGCCUUCGAGCUGGAGCGGCUCUUCUGGAAGGGCAGCCCCCAGUACACCCAUGUCAACGAGGUCUGGCCCAGGCUCUACAUUGGCGACGAGGCGACGGCGCUGGACCGCUUCGGGCUGCAGAAGGCGGGCUUCACGCACGUGCUGAACGCGGCCCACGGCCGCUGGAACGUGGACACCGGACCCGACUACUACCGCGACAUGCCCAUCGAGUACCACGGCGUCGAGGCCGACGACGUGCCCACCUUUGACCUCAGCGUCUUCUUCUACUCCGCGGCUGCCUUCGUCGACUCGGCUCUCCAAGACGAUCGCAAUAAGAUCCUGGUUCACUGCGCCAUGGGCCGGAGCAGGUCGGCGACCCUGGUCCUGGCCUACCUGAUGAUCCACAGGAACAUGACUCUGGUGGAUGCUAUCCAACAAGUGGCCAAGAAUCGCUGCGUCCUACCCAACCGGGGCUUUCUGAAGCAACUUCGAGAACUGGACAAGCAGCUGGUUCAGCAGAGGCGACAGACCCAGCGUGGGGACUGCCAGGGGGAGCCAUAG